AUGCAGACCAUCAAGUGUGUAGUCGUCGGUGACGGUGCCGUCGGUAAGACGUGUCUCCUCAUCUCGUAUACUACCAAUGCCUUCCCAGGCGAGUACAUCCCUACAGUCUUCGACAACUACUCGGCGAACGUCAUGGUCGACGGCAAACCUGUCUCCCUCGGUCUAUGGGAUACCGCGGGACAAGAAGACUACGACCGUCUAAGACCGCUCUCCUACCCGCAAACCGACGUCUUCCUCGUCUGCUUCUCUCUCGUCUCACCACCUUCGUUCGAAAACGUCCGCACCAAGUGGUGGCCCGAGGUGUCGCAUCACGCUCCCAACAUCCCCACCAUCCUCGUGGGCACCAAGCUGGAUCUGCGCGAGGAUCCGGAGACCAUCGCCAAGCUGCGCGAUAGGAGGAUGCAGCCCAUCACGUAUGCGCAGGGAAACCAGAUGGCCAGGGAUAUUCAUGCCAACAAGUACCUCGAGUGCUCGGCGUUGACUCAGAAGGGGCUCAAGGGGGUGUUUGAUGAGGCGAUCAGGAGCGUUUUGGCUCCGGCGCCGGUGAAGAGCAAGAAGAAGAACAACUGUAUGAUUCUUUGA